AAGACACCUGGCUUAUUAGUCACUGCUAUCACAUCAUCCUGAAGUCCUCUAACAUAUGAUGAAAUUAAUGUGUUUUGAGAACUUUCAGAGUGUAGUUGGGGGCUUAGAGGUGAGUUCAGAGUUCAACAAGCCUCUCACAAAGCAGUUACACCUUUAAGGACCAUUUUGAAAUCAUACAAUAUCCUUCUAACUAUCCGGCUUCAUGCACAAGGGAGUGGUUCUUACAGUAGUAGCAGCCAUAAACACAGCCUAGCCUUGAACACUACACACACACACACACACACACACACACACACGCGCGUGUAUAUACAUAAGCAUACACACACCCACAUAGUCACUUCAGUGAGCUCUAAGAUGGAAGAGGACUGAGGGGAUUUGUUCUAGAUGGAAAAGCAGGGCAUGCUCAGAUGUAAGCUGUGGUCGUCCAGCCCCAAUGAUGAGCUCAGCCCACCGGAAUCCAGUUCUUUGCCAGCGUAUGAAAGCGAAAAGAUGUCUCCCUCACCCGCGGUUACCCCGCCAACAAAGCUGAAGUACAUCUCCCUGGGAGUUCUGGUGCUGCAGAACACAUCGCUGGUGCUGACCAUGCGCUAUUCUCGCACUCUCAAGGAAGACGGCCCGCGCUACCUGGCCUCAUCCGCAGUGGUGUCGGCCGAGAUGUUGAAGAUUGUGGCCUGCAUUUUUCUCAUCUUCAGGGACCAUACAUUUAGCUGGAGGGCUUUGAAUCAUGUAUUGAGGGAGGAGAUUGUGAACAAGCCCAAGGAAACCCUCAAGCUCGCAAUUCCAUCUGGCAUCUACACAUUUCAGAAUAACUUGCUCUACGUCGCCCUCUCCAACCUGGAUGCUGCCACUUACCAGGUAACCUAUCAGCUGAAGAUCUUGACCACAGCGCUGUUCUCCAUGUCCAUGCUAGGGAAGAGACUGGGGAUCUACCAAUGGCUUUCUCUGCUCGUUCUAAUGGCUGGGAUUGCUCUUGUCCAGUGGCCAGCAGAGGCACCAGGAACUCCCGAGCAAACAGAGGCCUCGUCCAGCUCCCAGCUGGUUGGUGUGCUGGCUGUUCUGGCAGCGUGUUGCUCCAGUGGCUUUGCUGGUGUUUACUUUGAGAAGAUUCUCAAGGAGACCACACAAAGUGUAUGGGUCCGGAACAUCCAGUUAGGUUUAUCCGGGCUCAUCUUUGGUCUGGUGGUCAUGUUUGUUCACGAUGGAGAGGCUGUCAGAGAGUCCAGUAUGUUCCGGGGAUACAACAGACUCACUUGGACAGUUGUUUUGUUACAGGCUUUUGGCGGUUUGGUCAUUGCAACUGUAAUCAAAUAUGCAGACAACAUUUUGAAGAGCUUUGCCGCACCGUUCUCAAUCAUUUUGUCCUGUAUCAUUUCUUACCUCUGGCUAGCGGACUUUGAUCCUACCAGUUUGUUCUUCCUUGGCACGGUGCUGGUCAUCGCCGCCACGGUUCUGUACGGAUACGGGGAAAGAGCGAAGGCAGCUGGGAGUCCACAGAGUGUGUAAAGAGGCCAGGCACCACACAGGAGGAAGUGGAGCACAGCGAGGGUCCGCAGUAGGGAGGAAAGACCAGGUUCCAAUAAAGGGUGGAGAAGAGAUGAAAUGAAAUAGAAAUGGCAUCGGGUUGCACAUCAGUGGGACAGGCCGUUUGGGUGAACAAAGAGAUGAUGGAAAAAUGCACUAACAAGAGGAGACAGUUCGCCUCUGCAUUGAGGUCCAAUUGCCUUUUCAGGAGGAUGCUCCGGUAGACCUGAAAUGGUCUACAGCUGAUCAUUCGUAUUAUGCAUCUGAUGGCGCACACAACAAACGGCCAAGUCAGAGAGCUGAGCUCUAAAGAGCUCAAACAUGUUUACUGGGACGAGGGGACACUGGGGCAGUAUGCGAGUGUUCCCAGUAGAAUUUUUGUUACAAUAGUAGCCUGUGGACUCAAUAUGAGGAUGGAUGGAUUUGUAUGUACAAUAGAGUCUACAGCAUUUCGAGAGAGAAAUUAUAAUCAAUAAAGUUCUGCCUACAAUU